AAGGUAUCGAUGAGUGGAGACAUCGAUUGCGCCAAAAGUAUCGGUGCUUUCAUUGAAUGAGUGUUUGUAUUGAAGUGAAUGUGUUUUGAAUGCAAUUCAACAGCAAAUUAAUUGAUCACUCGUUGAGACAAUAGCUUUGACUGCAGACCACGUUUUGAUCGCCAAUCGGUGACACUCACAGCAGACAACACACACGACCCACACGUGCGACCGAUUCACUCCUUGGGAUCCACUCGUUGACGACAGCAUCGGAAGACACGCCACGCAAAGGCCGACACAAACCAAACAAACGAUAAGACAGUAAGAAAUGCCGCGAAAGACCAAAGACAGCGACGACGGGGCGGACGUGGAGGCCGUGGAGGACUAUGUGGUGGAGAAAGUGGUGGACAAACGCAACGUAAAGGGAAAGAUCCAGUAUUUGCUCAAAUGGAAGGGAUAUCCGGACGAAGAGAACACAUGGGAGCCGAAGGAGAACCUGGACUGUGACGGACUCAUCGAUGCUUUCGAGGAGAAGCGCCGCAAAGACAAGGGCGCCGCCGGCUCUUCGGCCACACCCGACGGUCGCCGUAGAGGCGGUUCGCGCGACGAGACACCGGUGUUGGACAAGAGGAGCCGUAGAGCCACUCCCGGACGGCCCGGAAAGGGCGACAAAUCACUGGAGGAGGACUUCGACGACGCGAUGAAGAAGCCUCGCGGCGGCUUUGAGCGCGGCCUCCGACCCGAUCGCAUACUCGGCGCGACCGACGCUUCCGGAGAACUCAUGUUUCUCAUGAAAUGGCUCGACUCGGAUGAGGCCGAUCUCGUGCCCGCGAAGAUGGCUAAUGUCAAGUGUCCGCAGAUUGUGAUCAAGUUCUAUGAGGACCGCCUGACGUGGCAUUCAAACGCCGAAGAGUUGACCGCCGCCUCCAAAGCUGACUAAUGUGUGGUCACGUAAUGGCGUUUCGUCUCUUCACAUAACCUCCUCCUCUGUAUCUCAUGUUGUUUUAAGACUACUUUUUCAGUUGUUUUUGUCAUUAUUUUCUCCUUUCUCUGUAUUUCUCAUCUUAUUAUGAGUUAAAUAAUUAAUUUCGACUAUAAUUCAAAUCAAUUACUAUAUUAAAUACUGAAUGUAUAGAGCAUUGAGUUAUCAUUUUAUAUUAUGUUUGACUUAAAAUGGCAAUGAAUUAUAUAUUUAUUAAUUUAUAUUAAUUUCUAAA